AAGAAAAAGAAGAAAAGAAGUAUUAAGAUAGAUUAACAAGAAAAUAAAAAGACAAAUAAAAGGACAACAAAAUAGAGGGAAAGAAUUACUGAAAGGUAUUAUAAAAAAUAACAGAAAAAUAAAAUACGUUAAGAAAGAAAGAGAGUGAGAGAGGAAAUUAAAAAGAAAAGAGAAAUAAAGAAAAGAGAAAGUGAGAGAGAGAGAAAGGAAUACUUACACAAAGAAAGAAAAAGUUCAUCGUCGACUAUCGUAAAGGCAGGUCGUCGUCAGGCGUGACAGGGACGAUGAAUACUGGAUUUUGAUUGGCUAAGUAAGCGCUCUGUUCGACCAAUCGUUUCGAAGAAUUCCCGCGCGCCUCCACCUCUCAUUCACGCCUCCAAGAAAUAGGAAAGAAGACAAGAGAGAGACCGCAAGAUCAACUCCGCAUCGAUAGAUCUCGAGAGCGCCGAAAGUCCAGUCGUUCGAAAACACAACCGCGUUCGACGUCCUCGCCGUGUUUCUUCCUCUAUCAAUAAGGAAAUACUUUCCUUAUCGUGACGUCCUUAUUGUUGUCGUUAAGUGAAGAAUAAACUUUUUUUUAUAUACAUAUACAUAUAUAUAUACAUACAAUAAAAACAAAUCAUUCAAUUGUGCGUUGAUUACAAUAUCGGGAGAGAGAGAGAGAGAAAGAAAAAGAGAAAGAGAGAGAGUGAGUGAAAAUAAAGCGAAUAAACUCGAAUCAAAGUGAGAUAAUUUUUUCGCGAUAAUGUGAAUCAUCGAACGUUCAUUAUUAUGUUUUGGUUUCUUAUCACGCUAAUCUGAGGAAGAGAUAUUAAAAUUAGUUACGUAGGAAGAAAAGGAAAGGGGAAGAAAAUUAAAAAAAAGAAAAAAAUAGUAAAAAGAAAAGAAAAGAAAAAAAGAGAAAUAUUUAACCACGUACUUACUUAGACGGACGAGAUCCGCCUAGUGGAGAAAAAAUGUCCGACGCGAGUGCGUGAGAUCGUGAGAAUAGAGAAGUUUCGAUGGAUCAGAGCAUGAUAGUGACGUCGUUGCCGCGAGGAGGAUCUCUGUCGGAGAUCAGUCGGAGACAACAUACGACGAUGAAAAACGAGUCCGAUGGUAACGUUCAUGUGCACGGACAAGAAACGUCGCAGUCCGUCGGACAACCGAGUUCGACGUUGGUUGGUACGCGUACAAGUUUGGGAUUACACGGGAAUCUUUCACAGAAUCAAAACAUGGAUCAACUUAUGUGCAAUCCUUCGAGCACGGAGGUCGCACGUAAGCCAGGAGCACGUCGGCAAGAGAAACCACCGUAUUCCUACAUAGCCCUUAUAGUGAUGGCGAUACAAUCGAGUCCAGGAAAGAGAUUGACCCUGUCCGAAAUCUAUUCCUUCCUUCAACAACGUUUCCCCUUUUUUCGAGGGGCCUACCAAGGCUGGAAGAAUUCAGUUCGUCACAAUCUCAGCUUGAACGAAUGUUUUAUUAAAUUGCCGAAAGGUCUUGGUAGACCUGGAAAGGGUCAUUACUGGACGAUCGAUCCUUCCACCGAGUAUAUGUUCGAGGAGGGUAGCUUCCGUCGUCGGCCACGAGGUUUUCGUCGCAAGUGUCAAGCUCUUAAACCUCAAUACCCUCAGUAUUUCUCUGCUAGCGGACCUGUAGGGGUUCAGGCUGGUUACGAUAAUCUAACAGCGUCCGGUGGCAUGGAAUACGCAAAUGGUUAUCAGAAUCAAUAUCAGAAUUAUCAGGAGUACGCUAUGUAUGGACCUGCGGCAGCAGUUUCCGCGGAUUGGACCUAUCCCGAGCCGAGUUAUAAGACACCUCCGAUAGCCGAGGUCACUUAUAAGACAACCGAGGUCACUUAUAAGACCGGCGAACCUUCGUCCGUUUAUCGUAAUGGCGAAUUGGUAACGUUUAAGAGCGAGCCCGGUUAUGGUGUCGGCAGGAAUCAGGAUCAACUGAGUUCCGUUGCAGCUUACAGACCCAUAGACGGAUUUCAGCUGAAGGAUCAUCAUCCGCAACAUCAUCAGGAAACGAUAUACAAGGACAACGAGAGUAUGAUGAUCUACAAGUGCGCGGGUAAUCCUACCGUGAACGCUCAGCCUACUACCGGACAAGACUAUUACGUGGGUUAUGGUGCCAUUGGUGUCAACAAUGCCAGCGUUGCAGCCACGGCUAACGUCAACGUCAAUCUCGCCAUGCAAACGGUUCACGAUCAAAACGGAAACGGUAGUCCCGCUGGAAACGUAGCUUCGCCGCAUAGCGCUUGUCAGACACCUGUCACCGAUCACGGGUUGAAAAUGCAAUGCUCGAACUCAAGUUCAAAUAGUUCUGGAGGUAGCAUAAUCGAUAGAAAGCCUUCGUACUUUGGUCAUCCAACGGGUACUGUGAGCUUGAGUUCGUUGAGUUCUUUGAGUUCUCUGAACUUGAGUAACAUCGGUAGUCUGAGCAUAUCGAAUGUGCCAAACGUCGCUGUUUCUUCGAGCCUCCAUCAUGCCAACACACCGCCUCCGCCGCCGCCGCCGCCGCCAACGACGACGACGCCGACGACGACGCCGACAUCGACGAUGUAUUACGAUCAGAUAAAGUACAAUAUGUGAAAAGUGACAAAGUUAGACUUUUGAGAGAAAGGAAACAACAAAAAGCAAAACAACAAAAAAAAAGAAAUAAAAGAAAGGGAGAAAAACUUUACGUCCAAAAUCAUCAAAAGAAAAUUAUCUUAAUUCGUUGAUAACGAUGAAAACGAUAAUGAUGAUGAUAAUGAUGAUGAUGUUGAUGACGACUAACGACGACUACGACGACGAUUAUGAUCGUCCCAACACGACGACAUACUUCUUCAAUUUGACUUUGACGAUUGUCCGCCUAGAGGUAUUAUAAUAUGUAUAUGUAUUUAUGAUUUAUCAUUAAAUACCGUUGUUAAUUUAAGGAUAAACGUUGUCGAGCGAAAUCUGUAGAAUUUAAAUAUCUCAUUCAUCGAAAAAAAGGUAUGGAAGAAAGAAAAUGAGGGUGAAAAAGAAAAGAAAAAAAAAGAAAAAAGGGGAAAAAAGAAAAUAACAAAAACAAACUGGAGUAUUGUUCGUUUAUUGAUCAUAUGACGUCAGCCGGUAUCCCAGUAAAUUCUAUAAGCGCGGAUGACGUACUUACUUAUUCGCCCCCUUCGAAAGCGGUGAUCGAAUGUGAAUAUCCGAGAGAACGACGUCAGGACUCGUCGGUUUUGUGGCAACGAUAAGAACUCGACGGAGAUUGGGAGUUUAUUACGCGGUAAGAUAUUGAGUAGGAAAAAAGGAUAAUGCGAUUCCGCGUAAGAUGAAGUCGGGACGAACGUUUCGUCUGAAAAACCGCGGUGACUGUUUACAUUUUACUUUUUUUUCUUUCUUUUUUUUUUUUGUUUUUUGAUUGUUGGCGGACACGACAGAACAUUGAUUAUUACGAAAUUAAUGUCAUGUCGAUAUUAAAGGAUCAAUCGAAGAUUACAAACACAAAAAAUAUUUGUGAUUUAUU